CAUGUGUAUAUUUCAUAGUGUGGUUUUCGCGAGAGCAACGGAUCAUUUCCGGAUCAGAGUCGAGUCAGCGUCGUAUCGAACGCAAAUCUCACAAGACGUUUUACAGCCGAUUGGGAUUGAUUUUCUUUACAAAAAUGGCCAAACUGAUCAGUGCACCUCCCAAGUUCACCCACCAAGAGUGGGCCUACUCCAACAAGACCAACUACAACAAUGCAGAGAAGCAGCGAGCAAGUGCAGAACGCCUCAUUGAUGAGAGUGAGCGGCUCAUUGACGAGACGGAUGAAGUGACCAAGAGAACACAGAGGGACGUCAACAAGAAGUUUGAACAAAGAAUACAUAAUGUGACAUUCUGGAAGGAUGAACUAAACAGAAAACUUGAUGACGCCAAGAAAGAAAUUGACACGCUACUUGCCUACAAAACCAGACUACAGAAUGCUCUUGAAGCCUGCAAAGAACCACUAGCCAUUGUCAACCAUUGCCUACUGUUCAGAGAGGGUCGCGAAGCCAUUGACCUUGUCCAUGAUGAUGUCGAGAAGAACCUCCUUAAAGAGCGCGAGACCAUCGAAGGUGUCAUGGCCUUGCUUCAGCGCACCCUGGACCAGACCACGGAGCAGAUCCGCAUCAUGCGGUCACGGCGUUACACCUUGGAGAAAGACCUGACAGACAAGUUUGCUGCCCUGGACAUUGAUCAGGACUGCAGAGAACUCAGGGAUGAUAACCCACACCUCACCUUCAAAUCCGGCGCUGCCAAAAUUGAAACCAACUCUGUCACCCCAGAAGACUGGCAGAAAUUCACCAAUGAGAACAUUCUGAAGACAGAGCGUGACCGCAAGAAUGCCGUGGACCUGCGGGCUGUCAUCGACAGUCUGCUGGAAACCACAGAAGACGACAUGAAGAAGCAAGUCAGCGACACCAACCUGGCCUUCAAGAAACGCAUCAGGGAAACACAAGACACAAAGAGCGAACUGGAGACACAUCUGGCCAAGGUCGUUGGACAAAUCCAAGAGAUGGAGAAGAACAUUCAGAGCCUGACCAAAGCCGUGGAGGACAAGAUGGGCCCCAUGAAGCUGUCUCAGACGCGACUGGACACCCGCACCAACCGUCCCAACGUGGAGCUCUGCCGGGACCCUGUCCAGUAUCGCCUCAUCAACGAGACAGCUGAGAUCAGCCAGAGUGUGGCCAAGCUCCAGGCCACACUGGACGAGGCCGAGGACCAGCUGAAGGGGCUGAUCCGCCAGCAGCAGACGUUGGAGGAAGACAUUGACAUCAAGUCCAAGUCCGUCUACAUUGACAAUGUCAAGUGCAUGGGGCUGCGGCAGAGUAUCAAUAUCAUGAAAUUCUGAGGGCUGCGCAACUGGCUACGAUCAUUUUGGGUAAAAGUGGGAGUACCUGACACACAACAUAAAAGUUGCACCUCUGUGCAGCACUGAAAGGUUUUUGUCUUUAAAAUUGCAAAAGCACAAAUAAAAGUGUAUGUACCAGUAAUUUAAUUGUCAUUCCCCAUAUGGUCCAUCCAAGUACAUGUACAUGUAAACAGGUUUUUAUUCAGAAUAGUUGAACAUGAAAUACAAAGCACCAUGAGGGGAAGUGACAUCUUUAUCCAUCCCUAUUAAUAUCCGUCCAGCUGUAAAAAGCUUCCCAUCUUGUAAGACGACUUUUCUCUUCCUUGCACAUUUGAGUUUCUGGGGUUGGAUGACUUUAAUUUAAAAGUAAAUUCCAUGUAUGGUGUAAAUGACAGAAUUAGCAAAAAUUUUAAUUGAGCUUUGGCAUGGAGUAGGAGGAUACGGUAUUUUAUUGCAUAUGAAAUUGACAGAAUAAACCCAGUAUUCUAACAGUGCUUUUGACUAGGAUCUGUAUGUGCAUUUAUCCCACACUCUUAGAAAGGCAA